UACGACCCCUCCCCCCAUGGUUCUAGGUCUGGGCUACAAUGAAGAGUAUUUGUAACCAAUCAAGUGCCAGUUUCUCUCCAGUGUCACUUUACUGAGGCCCCAGAUAUGAGUUUGCUCAGGAUUUUGGGGCCAAUGUUGACCCCCAGUCUGGGAACCUCUGGUCACAGUAACAAGUUGUUGCCCCACUGCCUGGGGCGGAUCUGCUGAGAUGUUGGAGAAAGAACCACAAGGAAACGCCCACGAGGAGCCGCAGCUGCUGCAGAAGUUCAGGCAGAGCCGAGCGUUUAGUGAGUUUCCGGGGCCCGGCACAGAGCGGGUUAAUGACAAAAGCCUGUAGUUUCCAUGGGGCCACGCCCCUCGCGCUGAUUGGCCGGAGGGCUGAGAGUGGCAGGGCAGGGGGAGGAGCCGGAGUGGCAGCGCUGAGAGCUCAGAAUCAUGUUGAGCGGCGGAUGGAGCGGGAGGGGGGACCCUCAGCCCCGGGACUCCGCUCUCUGUAUCCACUACUUUCCUCGGGCUCUUGGCUCUCAGCCCCGGGGGUCACAGGUGCGGCGGCCAAAACCCAAUUCCGGGGCAGGUGUAGGAGCCCAGUGAGCUGCACAGACUCAGCCCCGACCCACAGGUGCAGCAUCUGGCCCCCGGGCCUACAGGUUCAGAGACCUCAUCACACAAACGACUGAAGCUCCUUAUUCUCCCCUGGGAUUUACCUGUGAGGCUCAAUCCCUGGCACUGCCCUGUGGCACCUGCAGCUGAGGGACUAGAAAACUCCAUAGCCCAGAGGGAGUCACUGGCAGCCACAACUGUACUGAAAGUGUAGCAGCUCACAGGAGACAGAGAGACUGGCACAGUCCAGCCCAGUGGCACGAGAGUCUGCACCAACCAGGGGGAGUUAUAGUUGCUGGACACAAGAGACUACCUGGCAUCCCGCUGGCACCGACACUUUCUUUCUGUCCUGAUAUUCUGUUGCCCAAAUGAUCUGAGGCUCCAGGCUAGGACCUAUGCCCAUCAUGGGAGACGGUUGGGGGCCUAUGGAGUGCAGGAACAGGUCUGGUACCCCUACAACAGUGCCCAGCCCUAUGCACCCCCUGCCCGAGCUCACUCACCAGUGGACUGUGGGAAUGACUAUGUUCAUGGCGGCCAUCAUCCUCCUCAUCGUCAUGGGCAACAUCAUGGUCAUUGUGGCCAUUGGGAGGAACCAGAGGCUCCAGACCUUGACCAACGUCUUCAUCACGUCCUUGGCUUGUGCCGACCUCAUUAUGGGUUUGUUUGUUGUGCCCCUUGGUGCCACAUUGGUGGUGAGUGGCAAGUGGCUGUACGGGUCGAUAUUCUGUGAGUUCUGGACGUCAGUGGACGUAUUGUGCGUCACAGCGAGUAUAGAGACCCUGUGCGUCAUCUCCAUCGACCGCUACAUCGCCAUCACCUCUCCCUUCCGCUACCAAAGUCUCCUGACCAAGGGCCGUGCCAAGGGAAUCGUGUGCAGUGUGUGGGGCAUCUCAGCCCUGGUCUCGUUCCUGCCCAUCAUGAUGCACUGGUGGAGGGACACUGGCGACCCCCUGGCCAUGAAAUGUUACGAGGAUCCUGGGUGCUGUGACUUUGUCACCAACAGAGCUUACGCCAUCGCCUCGUCCAUCAUUUCCUUCUAUGUCCCACUCAUCGUCAUGAUCUUCGUUUACAUCAGGGUCUUCAAAGAGGCGCAGAAGCAGAUGAAGAAGAUUGACAAGUGCGAGGGCAGGUUCUCCCAUAGCCACGUCCUGAGCCACGGCAGGUCCAGCCGGAGGAUCCUCUCCAAAAUCCUGGUGGCCAAGGAGCAGAAAGCCUUGAAGACCCUCGGGAUUAUCAUGGGCACCUUCACCCUGUGCUGGUUGCCCUUCUUCUUGGCCAACGUGGUCAAUGUCUGCUACAGGAACCUGAUCCCAGACAAACUCUUCCUCUUCCUCAACUGGCUGGGCUACGCCAACUCCGCGUUUAACCCCAUCAUCUACUGCAGGAGCCCAGACUUCAGGAAGGCUUUCAAGAGACUCCUGUGUUGCCCCAAAAAGGCAGAUUGGCACCUGCAGACCACUGGGGAGCUCUCCCGAACCUCAGGGGGCUUUGUUAACUCUUUAGACACCAAUGCUUUGGGUACGUGUUCUGAAUGUAAUGGGGUGCGGACGUCAUUGGACUGAAAUUAAUUAUUUAUUGUGGGUCGGAGGGAGAUUGAAUAACUGGGUGCAGGGGCUGCAAAUAACGGGUACGUUUAUAGCAAUCUCACGGCAGCUUAUUGGAAUCUAGAGGUUUUCCCGGGAUAGGAGUGAACUCCGGAAAAUGUCAUCUCAAUGGCUGCGGAGCUAUUACAUCCCGGGGAUAUUCACCAAUACAUGCCCAAUGCUGAUUGGUCAGUUUGACUUUCACUGUGUUACUGCCUGACCAAUGGGGUCAGUUGUGGGGUUGUUCCGACUAAUACACUUCUAUGUAAUUGUUA